UUUUCAGGUGAAAACGGCGUCUGAAAAGGUGAAGCUCUGAAGUGAACAUGUCUCAGCACUGGGAGAUCUGUCGCUUCUUACCAGUACUAAUAGUACUGGGCGUAGUCUUCAGUGCCGAUGGAUAUACAGAAGAUCCACUUUAUGAAUGCUUGCGCGACCCGGACUAUGAGGAGCUUUGUAAGAUAAUAGACCGGGGUCUCCCCCCUACAAAGACCCCUCACAGUGUGGGGAUCAUCGGUGCAGGAAUCGCUGGACUCACUGCAGCUAAGAUACUGGAGGAUGCUGGACAUAAGGUUACAAUCAUAGAAGCUACUGAUCGUGUAGGUGGAAGAAUCAGGACCCACAGGAUGGCGAACCAGGGCUGGUAUGCUGAACUUGGUGCCAUGAGGAUCCCAUGGUUCCACAAGAUCCUUAUGUCACUUGUAUCAAAGAUGGGCCUAAAACUGAAUCCUUUCAUUGAAGAAAACAACAAUACUUAUUAUUAUAUCAACGGUUUGCUUGAAAAAACCUACAAAGUGAUUGCAAAUCCAGAUGUGCUGAACUACGAUGUAGAUGAGCAAGAGAAGGGGAAAUCAGCCAGUCAGCUUUUUGACAUGACAUUGUGGAAGAUUAGAGAUGAUAUGAAGAAAUAUGGCUGCAAUGAGACAGUAGAGAAGUAUGAUUCAUACUCUGUUAAGGAGUAUUUACUGAAAGAGGGUAAUCUGAGUCGAGAAGCUUUGCGUAUGAUUGGAGACAUACUCAACGAGAACAGCUUCUUCUACACUAGUCUGAUAGAGACUCUCUACAUACAAAAGGAUAUCAACGAUGAUACAAAAUAUUAUGAAAUCUCAGGUGGCAUGGAUCACAUACCCAAAAAACUGCAUGAGAAACUCAACAGUGCAACAAUUCAUUUUACAUCAAAUGUCAAACGCAUUAGACAGACUGACCACUACGUGACAGUUUCAUAUCAAGACCGCCAAAACCUCUACGCUUUAACCAACCUCACUUUCGACUACGUUCUGGUGACGGCUACAGCCAAAGCUUCACUCUUCAUUGAUUUCCAGCCUCCGCUAUCAGUCCGGAAGAUGGAGGCUCUGCGCUCGGUGCACUACGCCAGCUCCACCAAGGUCGUGCUGAGCUUCAGUGAGAGGUUCUGGGAGAAACAAGGCAUCAAGGGAGGAAGAAGCAUCACAGAUAUGCCAUCACGCUUCAUUUACUACCCCAGCCACAGCUUUCCUGGAGCAGGGGGCGCCCUUUUGGCUUCAUACACCUGCUCUGAUGAUUCCACGCUCUUCCAGGGGGUGCCGGAUGAUGAGCUGAUGGCCAUGGUAAUGAAUGACUUGGUGAAGAUCCAUGGGGAGGGGAUCCGAAAGCUUCACAUUGGAGGUGUUGUAAAGAAAUGGGCGUUGGAUCCUUACAGCCAUGGAGCGUUCGCCAUCUACACUCCCUACCAGCAGAGUCACUACUCUAAAGAUCUGUUCCAGAAAGAGGGGAGGAUUCAUUUCGCUGGAGAACACACAGCCAUGCCACACGGCUGGAUGGAGACGGCCAUGAAGUCUGCUCUCAGAGCUGCUAAGAACAUUAAUAGUAUUGACGGAUAAAAACAAGACCAAAUAUCAUGUAAUAUCAUGUAAUCACCAGAGUAUGGAUUGUAAUACAUACCUGUAAUAUUUACCUUUUAUACUUACCUUUAAUGUUUGUCUUCUAGUGUAGAUAUUCUGUAGUAAUGGGAAGACACACUCCUACACUCCCUAGGGUAUACUGUAGAGCCCACAGCUAACUCUGACAGGGGGCGUACAUGUAGUUAAUUUGUAAUGGUGUUUAUAACCAAGGCCUGAGAUUUAGCUGAUUUUAAAUCUGUCAUUCUUCAUCUACUUUCAUGGGUUAGCACACACAGUGUGAGCAAGAGGGGCUAGCUCUGGUAGACUCACCUGACCUGGACUCUUAGGCUACAUUCACAUUACAAGUCACGUUUCUUAAAUCCAAUGUUUUGCUCAGAUCUGAUUUGUCUAUCUUGACGGUUCACAUUCACAAAUGUAAGUAAGUGAUCUGUAUCUGUGUGUAAUGUGAACGAAUUUGUCCCUGAAACGUCUCACAUUCAUACAUUGAUACCUGUAUACUAGAGAGAGGAGAGACUCGUAGCUUUAUAAAGGGAAAUGGAUGAGUUAGCAGCUCAUAUGUGGAGCAUCUUUUGCUGGAGUGGAGAGUAAACAGCUGCUCUGAAGUUCAUGCUCAGGUCCAGGAGGUGAAAAAAGGACAGGCGGUUUGCUUUUGCUGUUUUUUUUUUUUUUUUUGCAGCUAUAGCUGCACAGCUGCACCAAGAGAUGCAGUGUGGGUACGAGAGAGAAGCAUGUUGCGCUAAUGCGUAAAAGCAAAAAGAUGCAUGAAUUCCGACCUGACCUUUUAUACUCGUGUCGCAUGUCCAUGGAUUGGACAAGUAUCGAAUUUAGGACCACAUAUGAAAGCGAUUCAAAUUUG